AUGAAACUUUAUUUGACCCUUUUCUCCACUAAUCGACCUUUUCCCUUCCUCCUUCCCUUCCUUGUUUCCUUGUCCCACUGGUUCUGUCUCUUCCUCUUCCUCUUCCUGUCUCUCUGUCUGUCUCACCAGUGUUUCCUUCCCCAGAGUCCUCUGAUGUUUAAGGAUCAGAUGCAACAGGACGUCAUCAUGGUGCUCAAGUUCCCCUCCAACUCGCCCGUCACGCACGUGGCCGCCAACACGCUGCCGCACCUCAGCAUCCCCGCCGCCGUCACCGUCACCUGCAGCCGCCUCUUCGCCGUCAACCGCUGGCACAACACCGUCGGCCUGCGUGGCGCCCCAGGAUACUCCCUGGAACAAGCCCACCACCUGCCCAUCGAGAUGGACCCUCUCAUAGCGAACAACUCGGGCACCAACAAGCGUCAGAUCACGGACCUGGUGGACCAGAGCAUCCAGAUCAACACGCACUGCUUCGUGGUGACGGCCGACAACCGCUACAUCCUGGUGUGCGGCUUCUGGGACAAGAGCUUCCGCGUCUACUCCUCUGAGACCGGGAAGCUGACCCAGAUCGUGUUCGGCCACUGGGACGUGGUGACGUGUCUGGCCAGGUCCGAGUCCUACAUCGGAGGGGACUGUUACAUCGUGUCGGGCUCCAGGGACGCCACUCUUCUUCUGUGGUACUGGAGUGGACGCCACCACAUCAUUGGGGACAACCCCAACAACAGCGACUAUCCCGCCCCCCGCGCCGUCCUGACGGGACACGACCAUGAAGUUGUGUGCGUGUCCGUCUGUGCUGAGCUGGGAUUGGUCAUCAGCGGGGCCAAAGAGGGUCCCUGCCUGGUCCACACCAUCACGGGAGACCUCCUGAGGGCCUUGGAGGGCCCCGAGCUGUGCCAGCAGCCUCGUCUGAUCUCCGUGUCCAGCGAGGGUCACUGCAUCAUUUACUACGAGCGAGGGCGCUUCUGCAACUUCAGCAUCAACGGGAAGCUGCUGGCCCAGAUGGAGGUCAACGACUCCACGCGGGCCAUCUUGCUGAGCAGCGACGGACAGAACCUGGUGACGGGCGGCGACAACGGCGUGGUGGAGGUGUGGCAGGCGUGCGACUUCAAGCAGCUUUACAUCUACCCGGGAUGCGACGCCGGCAUCCGCGCCAUGGACCUCUCCCACGACCAGAGGACCCUGAUCACGGGCAUGGCGUCGGGCAGCAUCGUGGCGUUCAACAUCGACUUUAACCGCUGGCACUACGAACACCAGAACCGCUACUGAGGACCGCCGAGCAGGUGGGAGGGUGUGGGGGCGGUUCUGUUCCCCUGGCCCGGGGAUUCUGAUGGAACUACUUCCUGUGUGUGACCUCACACACACACACACACACACACAGAGCCCAAAGACACACACCGACAUCGACGUGCGGAAUGGCGGCGAGGAGGCGUGGCUUCUCGCUCGGUUCUUGUUCCGUUGGCGCCGGAAGGCUUCAGACUCGAUUUGGUUCCUCCGUCAUAACUUUGGCCCAGGAGGAUUUGUACUCUUUCACCGCCGCAGAUUUAGAUGAUGUAAAUAAGCUCCGCCUCUUUAAUUUAUCGUCUGUAACAUAGCGUGUAAUAUUCCCGACCACGCCAGGCCAAAGUCGAGGAUGGUGAUGGCUUUUUUUCUGCCGGAGACGUCAGCCGGCGCCGCGUUCGAUUCCCGCUUUUAUUUUUUCUACAUCCGGUGAAGGCUCUGUCAAAUAUGUACAUAAAGUCUCGCUUCGGAACCCGUUCGGAGACGAAAAUCAGCUGACCGACAGCUUUCACUUUCACUUUCAUUUGUUGACUUCAGGCAAAAAUCAAUGUUUGUUUUGUAUUUGCACUUUACACCAAUUAUUAUUAUUUAUUAUUAUUAUUAUUAUUAUUCUAAUUAUUAUGAUUCUAAUUCCGGUUCGGGUCCAUGGAUGUUUGUGUUUCCCGCGUGUGGCGAAGACGUUCUUCAGCAAUACGACGCGCUCAUCAUUUCAUCACGCCACAGGAUCCGCCUCCAAAAAGAAGGAAGGAGAAAAAAAAAAAAAACAAGCUGAAAUAUUUUUGGAUCUAUGAAACUCUUCAAAAAAAAUAAACUAUUGUAUUCAUGUUUUAUUGCAAAGAUGUAAAAUAUGACAUGUGUGAGUUGGGGGAGGGGGGGACAUCAUGAUAAGAAAAAUAAAUUAUGCAAAGAAUUUCCAGACUUGGCUUUAACUUCCCUUGACCAGCAGGGGGCGCUUUUUUAAUGGCGUCUAAAAAAAAAAAAAAAAAAAAAAUU